AUUCCAAGCUUCCACCGAGAAAGUUGGUGGCGCGAAAACAACGGCCACCGGCGGGUCCACACCGGUUAAAAUUCCUAAACGAAACCGUUUUUUUUUCCUCAUUACAAUUAUUAAUUUUUCUUCAUCGAUUUCGUAAUCUGUUUCUCUUGCUAAUAAAUUUCAUCAAGUUUUUUUUCUUAAGAAUUAAUUUCGUUGAUUUACUGCCGGAUUUGAAACUCUCUGACGAUCUGCCUGCCGGCGACGUAUUUGCUGUCGGUCUUUUCCUCUCCGACGUUUCAUCUUAACCGUUGUGGCUGUGAUUAAAUUCCUAAAAAGAUCGAAGUGAUUUGGAUUUUCGGUAGCAUUUUCUUGCUCGAUUUGUUGUGCAGUGGAAGAGGAGUUGAAGUUUUUGUUCGCAAAACUCAUGGGGAUGCCAAGUUUCUUCUGCACGUGGGCCUCUAUUUCCCCAAGAACAUCAAGUUUCUUCUGCCUUUAUAAUAAUCAUUAAUCAAGUUCAGCGUCGUGAAAAGGAGUGUAGAGAGAAGAAGAUUGAGUCGGCGGUGGCUUGUUAAGAAAAACCUAUUUCCACCCCAUCUGACCUUGGCCUUCCCGUGAGAAGGCUUAUGUGCUGAAAACUAUUUUGGAAGUUUUUUUUUACACUUCUUGAGUCUUAUCCUCCACUCCCUCCACUCAAGAGACUAGAGCCCACUUGCCCUGGUCUCCUCAAGACCUGAGGGGACCCCUACCCCAUAACUGCUAAAUGUGGUUUACCACCAAAAUCAACCUCCCAUGGUACCUGCCUAUACACGUUGUGGCAGUUUUCGCUGUUUCCCCCACCCAUUGUAUUAUAGCAAAUGAUCUGUAACGCGUUCUUAACCUCCUUGUUACGGUUCUGGGUUUUCUUGAAGAGGAAGCAGCACCCAUUUGCGUUAUCUUGCUGUUGUGACCAUAUUUUUGUUCAGCUAGAUCUGGGGUCUAUAAAGAUCAGUGACAGAGAUGAUGCUGAGAACUUUUCCCCCUUUUUGCUGCUGGUAUUAUUCAGUUGAUUGCUGGAUGAGUGAAGAAAUCCAUGACAGCCUGAUUUGUUCUGGUAUGAAGAUUUUCAUCGAUGUGGUCUGAUUUUGACUGUGUGGAUGGAUAUAGUUUAUUCAGAUUCAGUAAGGAAGCAUUCAACAGAGGAGACCACGAGACAUCCGCUGGUUCUGGCUGAGAGAAACAAUGUACCCGCCACUCGUCGCUCUCGGACAAGGGAAGUUAGUUCUAGAUAUAACUCACCUAUUCCCUCAUCGAGUUCCACGGCUCGGCGCUGUCCGUCGCCGAAUGCUUCAAGAACUGUGUCUGCUUCCUCCCAGUUGGGGCAGAAAAGAGCCCAAUUGGCUGAGAGGAAGCGGCCUUCCACGCCUCCUUCCCCGAAGAGUCCAUCAACUCGGGGCCAUGACUUAUCUGAUGAUCUAAGAUCGUCUUCAAAGACAGGGGGCAGUCGAUUGGUGGAAAGUUUAUGGCCGUCGACCAUGCGGAGUUUGACUGUCUCUUUCCAGUCUGACAUAAUUUCCAUUCCUGUCAGUAAGAAGGAAAAACCAGUCCCUACAUCUCCAUCUGAUCGAACAUUGAGGCCGUCUUCAAAUGUUGCUCACAAGCAGGUUGAAACGCCUACUGUUUCAAGGAAACCUACGCCAGAGAGAAAGAGGAGUCCUCUUAAAGGAAAGAUUAUGCCUGACCAGUUGGAGAAUUCUAAGCCAAUUGAUGGCGUGCAUACCAGGCUUAUAGAUCAGCAGAGAUGGCCGAGUAGAAUUGGUGGGAAGAUAUCAUUAAAUGCAUCAAGUAGAAAUGUGGAUCUUACUGAUACAAUAAUUCGGAGUUCUAGUGGACCACUUCCAGGAAUUGGGAUAUCUUCCUUGAGAAGGACUUCAUCUGAAUCUAUGACCAAACAUUUUCAGAAAUCUAAUAAUGAUUCUACUAGGAUUCUUCCACUUGUUGAUGAUGGUCUCAGAAUGGAAAAUGGAAUAAAUUCAGCUGACGAUUGUUCAUUACAGGCAUCAGGAACUCCAAGGUUAGAUAGGUUAAAAUCAACGCCUGGUUUUAGAUCUCAGUCUUUGCUAUCAGCUGGAUCUCGUCUACCCUCACCCAUUAGAGCUUCUGUGCCAUCAUCCUCUGUGUCUAGAGGUUUAAGUCCAGCCCGGCCAAGGCCAUCAACUCCUCCUGCUAGGGGUGUCAGUCCAUCUCGAAUCAGGCCGACUAAUUCCAGUGAAUCCACCAGCAAAACUUCGGUGCUCAGUUUCAUUGCAGAUUUUAAGGGUAAAAAGGGUGCUCAUUAUAUUGAAGAUGCUCACCAGCUGCGGCUAUUAUAUAAUCGAUAUACGCAAUGGAGAUUUUCAAAUGCACGAUCAAAGGCGAUACUUGACAUGCAGAAAGUAAAUGCAGAGAGAAUGCUAUGUAAUGUCUGGAAAGCUAUGAUACGUAUUUGGGAUUCAGUAGCCAGAAAUAGGAUCAGUAUCCAUAUGCUGAAGCUAGAGCUUAAGCUGAAUAAAAUCAUGAACAAUCAAAUGGUCUACCUUGAUGAAUGGGAUUCCCUUGAGACAGAUCAUAUCAAUUCGUUGUCAGGUGCAUUGUUAGAUCUAGAAGCAAGCACUCUUCGAGUUCCAGUAACUUCAGGGGCAACGGCAGAUAAUGAUGAAUUGAAAGGUGCAAUCUUCUCAGCUCUUGAUGUGAUGCAAGUAAUGGCAACCUCCAUAGGCUCCUUGCUUUCACAGGUGGAGAGAAUGAAUGGGUUGGUUUCGGAACUUUCAAUUGUAGCUUCACGAGAGAGAGCAAUGUUAGAUGAAUGCGAAUCACUGUUGGCUUCAACAACAGUGAUGCAGGUAGAAGAGUACAGUCUUAGGACACAUCUCUUGCAAGUUAAACAAGCUUUGGAACGCACAACUCUCAAUCUUCUUCCCCAUCAACCUUCAUAAUCCCUCACCAACCAAGCUAACAACAACACCAUACUUCUUCCCCAAAAUGCCACUUAUAUUUGCUCCUCCAUCUUAAAUGUACAUUUAUUAUUUAUUUAUUUUUAUAUACAUACAUCAUGUAUAUUGGAAAAAAAAAAUGCAGAUAAAUUCCAAAGAUAUUGCAAUGAAAAUGAAAGUGAUGGUGGCAAUCAUUCGUUCCAUUUGUA